GGCGUGGUCUCACGCUGGGGAGCGUGCGCCGUCUUGAGGCGUCGCGGUUGUGUGCGGAGCGUCCUGGAGAGGCUAUGGCGGCCACGUUCUUCGGAGAGGUGGUGAAGGCGCCGUGCCGAGCCGGCACCGAGGAGGAAGAGGAGGAGGAAGAGGAGGGGAGGAGAGAGACGCCCGAGGACAGGGAGGUUCGGCGGCAGUUGGCGCGGAAGAGGGAGGUGCGGCUCCUUCGAAGACAAACAAAAACAUCUUUGGAAGUUUCCCUGCUAGAAAAAUAUCCUUGCUCCAAGUUUAUAAUUGCUAUAGGAAAUAAUGCAGUAGCAUUCUUGUCAUCAUUUGUUAUGAAUUCAGGAGUCUGGGAAGAAGUUGGUUUUGCUAAACUCUGGAAUGAAUGGUGCAGAACAACAGACACUACACAUCUUUCCCCUGCAGAGGCUUUUUGUAUAUUUUAUCAUCUGAAAUCCAAUCCCUCGGUUAUCCUUUGUCAGUGCAGUUGCUAUGUUGCUGAAGAUCAACAGUAUCAGUGGCUAGAAAAGGUUUUUGGCUCUUGCACAAGGAAGAACACGCAAGUAACCAUUCUCACAUGUCGGCAUGUUACCGACUAUAAAACCUCAGAAUCUACUGGUAGCCUUCCUGCUCCUUUCCUGAAAGCACUAAAAACACAGAAUUUCAAAGACCCUGCGUGUUGUUCACUGCUGGAACAACCGAACAUAGUACAUGAUCUUCCUGCAGCAGGUGUUCUGAGUUACUGUCAAGUUUGGAAAAUCCCUGCAAUACUGUACUUGUGUUACACUGAUGUGAUGAAACUAGAUCUAAUUACAGUUGAAGCUUUUAAGCCUAUACUUUCUUCCAGAAGCUUGAAAAGUUUGGUUAAGAAUAUUCCCCAGAGCACAGAGAUACUGAAGAAAUUGAUGACUACAAAUGAGGUUCAGAGUAACAUUUAUACAUAAUCCAAAAGAUUGUUUUGUAACGUAUAUUAUCCAUUCUUUUGAGGGGAGCAGUAUGUACUGUUUUGUAGGUUAUUUCUUUUGGGAGUGGGGGUAUAUUUUGAGGACAAUAAAAAAGAAUAAACUUGUAAAAAAUGAA